AUUUGCAGUGGAUGGAAAACCAUUUUUUCUCCCUUAUAAAGUCGCUCGGUAAAUGGAUGGAAAGCGAGAAACGAUCGCCAGGUACAUUCGUAUGCGAUCUGACUCUUGCCCGUGACUGGCUCAUAAGACUCCAGGCAUCAGCCACGCCCCUUACUUGUGUUACCUGAUGAAGUUUUGAGGAAAACGUACAGAUUAAAGAUGGCAGCGUCAAGUAAGGGAAGUAUGUUGCAGCUGCUUGGCAAAUACUAUAUCUACCUAACUAAAUGCAGAAGAGGGGUUACUGCUUUACAUACAAACUUUCCGCACACAAGAAAUACUCACAGCAGCGUUUCCGGCAGAAAUGUAAAGUUUUUAAUGUCUGAAGCCAGUUCUCCCUAUGGUCUGAGAUCCUACAAAGAACUUUAUGAACUUUCAGUACAAGACCCAGAAACAUUCUGGGGUGCUCUUGCAAAAGAAAGGUUGUUGUGGAGCAAACCGUUCGAUCAGGUAAAAGACUGUGACUUCAGACAAGGCAAGAUACACUGGUUUUGUGGAGGGCAGCUAAAUGUGUCGGUGAACUGCUUAGAUCAGCACGCCCACAAGACACCUGAUAGAAUUGCUUUGAUCUGGGAGAAAGAUGAGCCUGGCACGGAGGUCAAGAUAACAUAUAGGGAGCUUUUAGAAGCGACCUGUCGGCUUGCUAACACUUUGAGAAGAUAUGGCGUGCAGAAAGGGGAACGGGUUGCCAUCUACAUGCCCGUCUCCCCCCUGGCCGUGGCUGCCAUGCUGGCCUGUGCCAGGAUCGGUGCGGUGCACACAGUGGUCUUCGCUGGCUUCAGUGCUGAAGCUCUAGCUGGGAGAAUUCAGGAUGCCCAGUGCAAGGCUGUUAUCACUAGUAACCAAGGAUUGAGAGGCGGGAGGGUGAUAGAACUGAAGAAGACCGUUGACGAAGCCAUGAAGACGUGUCCCACAGUGAAGCAUGUGUUUGUGGCCAACAGAACAGAAAACAAAGUGCCCAUGAGCGAAAUCGAUAUCCAGCUUGAGGAAGAAAUGGCAAAGGAGUCUCCCGUGUGCGACCCUGAGGUCCUGAGUAGUGAGGACAUGCUCUUCAUGUUGUACACUUCAGGAAGCACCGGGAAACCCAAGGGAAUCGUCCACACCCAGGCCGGGUAUCUGCUGUAUGCUGCACUCACACACCAGUACGUCUUUGACUACCGGCAAGGGGAUGUCUUUGGCUGUGUGGCAGACAUCGGCUGGGUCACAGGCCACAGUUACGUGGUGUACGGCCCGCUUUGCAAUGGUGCCACCACUGUCCUCUUCGAGAGCACUCCUAUUUAUCCAGACCCUGGUCGGUACUGGGAGACGGUGCAGCGUUUGAGGAUUAAUCAGUUUUAUGGUGCCCCCACUGCUAUCCGUCUCUUACUGAAGUAUGGGGAGAGCUGGGUGAAGAAGUAUGACCGGUCCUCCCUGAAAACACUGGGGUCUGUGGGUGAACCAAUUAAUAACGAAGCUUGGGAGUGGUUCUAUAAUGUAGUUGGAGAAGGGAGGUGCACUCUGGUGGAUACCUGGUGGCAGACGGAGACUGGAGGAAUCUGCAUCAGCCCGAGACCAUCCGAGCAAGGAGCAGAGAUCGUCCCUGCCAUGGCAAUGAGGCCCUUCUUUGGGAUCCAGCCUGUGUUGAUGGAUGAAAAGGGCAACCGAGUAGAAGGGAAUAAUGUCUCUGGAGCCCUGUGCAUUGGUCAGCCGUGGCCUGGCAUGGCAAGAACUAUUCAUGGAGACCACCAGAGGUUUGUGGAUGCUUACUUUAAAGAUUAUCCAGGGUACUAUUUUACUGGCGAUGGUGCCCACAGAUCUAAGAAAGGGUAUUACCAGAUUACGGGCCGGAUGGAUGAUGUCAUCAAUAUCAGUGGGCAUCGUCUGGGUACAGCAGAGGUUGAGGAUGCCAUGGAUGAGCAUCCUGAUGUUCCAGAAACAGCAGUGAUUGGCUUUCCUCAUGAUAUUAAAGGGGAAGCUGCAUUUGCGUUUGUGGUAUUAAAAGAUAACAUUUCCCUUACUGAGUCGGAAGUUGUUGAUGAACUUAAGGCCAUUGUGGCUUCCAAAAUAGCCAAAUAUGCUGUGCCUGAUCAUGUUUUGAUAGUGAAACGACUUCCAAAAACGCGAUCUGGGAAAAUCAUGAGAAGGGUGCUGAGGAAGAUAGCAACCAACCAAACCAGUGAGCUGGGAGACAUAACAACCUUGGAUGAUCCCAGUGUGAUCACAGAGAUAGUGGAGGCAUAUAACAAGUACAAAGGCCAGUCAUAUAAGGUGUCAUCAUAACAAAACAUUAGCUCUCCCUUUUCAUAUUGAGAACAGUAAAGUUGGAGCCUAAUUUGAGUAAUGGCAUGUUUUUGGGGGAGAAAUGGUUCUAAAACAAAUACUGUCUUGUACCUGCUUAUCCAAGUAUUGGCUGGCAGCACUGACCAAAUGUAGCCACUUAGUUAAACACAUUUAAGGGCAAAUACAACCCCCCCCCCAAAAAAAUCAGGUAUUAUUUCACACAAUUCCUAAUUUCUUGCAUUCAUUUUUCAACAAAUAUCCAUAUAUAUAUAUAUAUAUAUAUAUAUAUAUAUAUAUAUAUAUAUAUAUAUAUAUAUAUAUAGUGAAAGAUAUCACUUAUUUUAAGGCUAGUAGCCCCUUAAAAUCAGACCCAGACACAAGAAUUUGAAGUUUUAAAAAGCACUUUCAUGCCAUUUUUAUUAAUUACAGACAAAUGAACAAAAACAAAACAAAACCUAACUCAGUUUUGGAGCGCUAACUAAGCUUUUCAGGAAAAUCCCUAACUAAACCGGACGGCUACACCGUUUACCAGUAAAACAAAACAGUUUCUAAACGCACACAAACCAGAAGGCUCACACAGUACCUUUAAGUUAACCCACCCAAGUUGCUUCACACAGACUGGAGACUGUGUCGACCAACAUUUUGGUUCCUUAAUAUACCUGCCUGCUAAUCACAGGCAGGUGAUAUUCAUUAUAAUUUGGAGCAAGGUGAAUCCCAUCCUGGUUCCCUCCCGUGGCAUUCUGGGGGAUGUAGUUUGUUAGCCCCACCUGAACUACAUGUAUUUUUCUCCCCCCCCAUCUGUCAUAAUAUAUCUAUCUAUCUAUCUAUCUAUGUAUCUACAGGCUAACUUCACUAUAACGAACCCUUCUUAUAACGAACACACGUUUUUAACGAUCCCAACAGCAAGAACUGAUUUUUUCAAUGCAAAUGAGCCCUAUUAGAACGAUCAUGGUUGACUAAUUCAAAGAUAACGCUAAUUCAAAGAUUACCUAUUGUAAUACGAAUCAUGCAUGAUGAAAUCAUGGCAAAGGGCGUGAGGAGCAAUCUAUGCGGGAUUGUUUUUACAAGAGAAAGGCCAUGUAAUUACUGUAUUCAGCAUUUCAUUUAUUUACUGUUUUCUUUUAAACAUACCACAGUGGAGAAUUAGUGUAUAUGUCAUUUAUUUUGUGUUUAAUAAAUCCUGCGCGCCUGUGCCUGCGUUUCUGCUCCAACUCAUCUGUCUUGGCAAUGCAGUUACCCACACAUGUGACAUGAGUACCUUGUCACAAUACCGUUUAAAUGUUGAUCAAUGUGAAGGAAUCUUCAUAAAAGUACUAUAUAUGGAUGUUCAAUUCAAAUUUACUGUUCUGUCAUUAUUCUGAUACAGAAAAAUGCCAAACCCUAUUGUAGUGAACACCCUGAUGUAUACACACACAUAUAGUGCUCACCUGUUAUAACACGCCUCGUUAUAUUGCGGAAUCGGUUAUAACACGGUAAGGUCGUGGCUUCCAUUUGUUCAAUAAUGCCAUUACAGUAGCCCUUUCAUACUCGUUGUAAGACGGAAAUACCUCAUGUUUAUGCUUGGAAAACACAGCAGCUUCCUUUAUAGAAAAGAUAACUUAAGUGCAUUGAUGAUAUCCUUACAAACUCUUAAAAAAGGUCUUAAUGGUUCCAUGCAGUGCUGUUCAUGUAAUUUUAUUUUGAUGCUCAUACUUUUCUUGUUUCUAUCAACGAUUUGGAAGCCGUACCACGUAAUAUGCCACGUAAGGGCAGCAGUGUGGAGUAGUGGUUAGGGCUCUGGACUCUUGACCUGAGGGUCGUGGGUUAAAUCCCCGGUGAGGGACACUGCUGUUGUACCCUUGAGCAAGGUACUUUACCUAGAUUGCUCCAGUAAAAACCCAAUUGUAUAAAUGGGUAAUUGUAUGUAAAAAUAUAAUGUAAUAUCUGUAUAAUGUGAAAUCAUGUAUAAUGUGAUAUCUUAUAACAUUUGUAAGUCGCCCUGGAUAAGGGCGUCUGCUAAGAAAUUAAUUAUAAUAUAUAUUGGCUUCAUUGGUAGUAUUUUGGUAAUGAUUAUAUUAACCAAUGUGUAUUAGUUAUAAAUGAAUAUCAUUGUCAUUGGUUAAAAACCUGUCAGUGUUUUCAAAAUCAUAUGAAAUUGUACUGUGCAUCAGUUCUUGUCUGUUGUGUAAACAAGUGUAACAGAACCGCACCCAUUUGGGUUCUUUGCCCCUUUAAAAAUAGACCCAGAACACAGGAAAUUGAGGUAUAAGCGCUGACGCGCUAGAUUUAUUAAUAAACAAAACACACACUUUUUAAAUAAAUAACACAGUCCCUUCCUCUUCAUACACUUGCACACCCUAGCAAGCAGGCUCUCCACACAGCAGCCACAAACAGACUGGCUGCUUUCUUUAAAUACUCUGCACCUGGCUGUAAUUGACAAUGAUAGCCAGGUGCAGGGGAUCAAUACUAAUAAAACAAUUAACCAAUUAAAUUUACAAUGAACUUAGGGUUUUUCAGCCCAUGUCCUUCUGGGAGAUGUAGUCCUGUUUUCGUUUCCCCCAGGACUACACUCUCACAGAAGGUUGAGUAUUAAAGUCAAAUGUUUUAAAAAGGGUAUUUCUCAUGAACAAAUCCUAAAUAUACUAUAUUCAAACUGUGAAAUAUAUUUCUUGUUUUUGUUUAUUACAUUUCAAAUCAAAGUCUU